CAGAAGAUAUCCCAGGGCCUGGCGGCCAGGCCGAGCAGCCAGCCGGGAGCAGCUGACGCAGCUGUGGAACCCGAUGCGGUGGUAAGAAGGCAGGAAGCUUUGGCAGCAGCUCGCCUCAGGAUGCAAGAGGAGUUGAACGCACAAGCAGAAAGAUACAAAGAAAAACAAAGACAGCUUGAAGAAGAGAAACGAAGGCAGAAGAUAGCAAUGUGGGAAAGUAUGCAAGAAGGAAAAAGCUAUAAAGGAAACCUGAAACUGAAUCAGCAAGAAGUAGAAUCUGGUGCCUCCACCUCAUCAGCACUCUCGAAAUCUAAACCAAACAAAAAGCCCUUGCGAGGAGGUGGCUAUAACCCCCUCUCUGGAGAAGGAGGCGGAACUUGUUCCUGGAGGCCAGGCCGGAGAGGCCCGUCAGCAGGUGGAUGA